AUGGCCGCCGCAACGACUCUGCCCGCCUUGUUGGCAUCGCUAACACAGUCGCUGACUCUCGCACAAGAGGGAACCUCCAAAAUCUCAACCAUUGAGCAUCCCAAGGACGGAAUCUCGCUCCUCGACGUCAAGAACGAGCUGCUGCUCUCAUACCUGCAGAACCUAGUCUUUCUCAUUCUCGUCAAGUUACGAAACGCAAAGUCAGAGGGAAAAGACGCAUCAAAAGAGAAGGACGAAGAUCUGGACGAAGCCGUGCGAACCAAGCUUGUCGAACUACGCUUGUUUCUCGAAAAGGGCGCCCGGCCGCUGGAAGAGAAGCUGCGGUUCUCCAUCGACAGAUUCCUUCGAACGGCAGAAGAUGCACAGCGACGCGAGAAGAUGAAGGAGGCCAAGGCCAGCGGAAAGACUGGCAACCUUUCUGCCGCACCCAACAUGGGCUCUCUCAUGGAUGACGUCGCCAUCCGUCCCGCGAAGCGCGAUCAAGAUGAUAAUGCUCCCGCCGGUGUAUACAGACCCCCUCGUCGCGAGCGUCAAGUCAUGGAGACGACCCACACCCGCGAAAAGGCCGCCCGCCGCCCCAUGCGCUCACACACCAUGGAGGAAUUCGUUGCCUCUGAGCUUUCAUCCGCACCCAUUGCCGAGCCCAGCAUCGGUACAACCAUUGUACAGGGCGGCCGCAGAAUGAAGACGCAGCAGGAGCGCAAGGACGAGCAGGAGCGCACCGAGUACGAAGAAACGAACUUUACCCGCCUCCCCAAGGAGAGCAAGAAGGAGCGCGCCAAGAAGGCCAAGCAAGCCGGCCGCAGCGGCCGGAUGCAGUUUGGUGGCGAGGAGUGGCAUAAUCUCGGCGAGGGUGUUGAUCGCAUCGAUCGGCUGACCAAGCGAAAGGAGGGCGGCGCAGGAUCUGGCGUCAGAGCCAUGCUGGAGAAGAGCCGGAAGCGCGGAGCGGAUACGGAGGAUGGACCGAGAGGGAGCGGACACCAGAUGGGAGAGAGGUUUCACAAGAAGGCCAGGCUGCUGGAGAUUGGACGUGGAAGCAGAGGCAAGGGAAGGAAAUAG